CGACUGGUGAGUUUUGCGGCUUCUCCAACCAAGAGCAGCAGCCAUUGGCAUGCACAACGUGCCGAGUCAUCCUCGUCGACUUCUGAGCGGCAGUAUGCCCAACCAGGGCAUCAAACAUGGAACGGCGGCGCGUUCAGAUCGAAAAGAAGUGUAUCUUUGUCGGUCAAUUGGAUCCGGACAUGGCAACGCACGGCAAUCUCGAAAGGCACUUCAGUGUCCAUGGACUAGUCGAAUCCAUCCAGAUCUUCAGCUCCACCGAGCACCAGGCUCGGAACAAAGACAAAGGUCGGAUGAACGCAUGGAACCGUCCCGCAUUUGCAUUUAUUCGAUUCACGGACGAGUCUUCGGCAGAGUCAGCGCUACGCGAGAAUGGAAAGCAGUGGGGUAGAUUUGCACUGAAAAUUCAGUACCGAGAGACAAGCCUUUCUCGGAUGCGAGCCGAACAUGCCGAGUACCAGCGCCACCGUCGAUGGGAGUCGGUGCAGGGCGAUACCUCUCUGACCAAUGGCCCGCAUGCCCACAGCGAAGAGCCCUGGAGCACCGCUCUGGACGCUGCGCCAAAGGACGGAGAGGAAGAAGAUGAGUUCUAUCCAUCUCCGAACUAUUCAGUCACAUCGCACGAGCCGUGGCCACCGGGACAGCCUGAUAUGGUGUCGAUGUAUGCGUCGGAGCAUGCCCUCGGAUUCUACGAUCCAGCGUUCGUCCCAGCCGCUGCGUCAAGAUACUGCGGACCUCCCGAAUGGGUCAAGUAUCCCGCCUUCUCGACCCAGGCUGUCUAUCCAGUGCCGACCAUUUUGCCGCCUGUUGCAUAUCCGCCGUGCUACUCCUAUCGGCUCCAUCCAUUCUAUGGCCUGUCGAUCGGGAGAGGCGAUAUGGCCGUUGGUGCAGCCAGCAGCCAGCUUGUCAGAACCGACAGCGACAGACCACGCAAAACAACUAUCCCUUUCAACUACACUCCGUAUGUGCCAAGCACAUAUCCUGAAUAUAUCUGAGCAUGGAGGACGCCGUUGGCCAGGCGUUUGUGGCGGCUCAGCCGUAUCCCAUCCCCCUGCUUUCACAGCGACAGCCACGACGGAUCCUGGCCCGCUCCAUUGUUCUCAUCGACGACUUGCGAAAUAUCAAAU